AUGAAGGGGCAAACCCUCCUCUCCGUCGUUGCCGCCGCCGGCCUCGUCUCGUCCUCUCCCGCAAAGCCCGCCAAUGGCGCGCCCCAAAAGCGUGCCACCCUGACGGCCGUCACCGCCAAGGGCAACGCCUUCUGGGUCGGCAAUGAGCGCUUCUACCUCCGCGGUAUCGACUACCAGCCCGGUGGUUCCUCCGCCGACAAGGACCCCCUCGGGGACCCCGAUGUCUGCGAGCGCGACAUCAAGCAGUUCAAGGACCUCGGCGUCAACACCAUCCGAGUCUACUCGGUCGACAACUCCAAGAACCAUGACAAAUGCAUGCAAGCCCUGAGCGACGCCGGCAUCUACCUCGUGCUCGACGUCAACACGCCCAAGUAUUCCAUCAAUCGGGCGGAUCCCAAGCCGUCGUACAACACCAAGUACCUCCAGAAUGUCUUUGCUACCGUCGAGAUGUUCGCCAAGUACCCCAACACGCUCGCCUUCUUCUCCGGCAACGAGGUGAUCAACGAGCAGAAGGGUACCGAGAAGUCGGCCCCCUACGUCAAGGCCGUCACCCGUGACAUCAAGAACUACCUCAACUCGCGCGGCCUGCGCAAGGUUCCUGUCGGCUACUCGGCCGCCGACGUCAUGUCGAACCGCAUGGAGACGGCCAUGUACAUGAACUGCGGCACCGAUGACAUGCGCUCCGACUUCUUCGCCUUCAACGACUACUCGUGGUGCAACAGCGACUUCACGACGUCCGGUUGGGACCAGAAGGUCAAGAACUUUACCGACUACGGUCUUCCCAUCUUCCUGUCCGAGUGGGGUUGCACCAAGUCCCGUCCUCGCAAGUUUGAGGAGAUGGGCGCCCUCAUGAGCAGCCAAAUGUCGAGCGUCUACUCGGGCGGUCUCAUGUACGAGUACUCGGUUGAGGAGAACAAGUUUGGCAUCGUCACCCUCGACGGCGACAAGGUCACGACCUCGGACGAGUUUGACCUCUACAGGGACGCCCUCAAGGCCAACCCGAUGCCCACCGGCAGCGGUGGUGCCGCCUCCACCACGCACGCCGUUGCCUGCCCCACCUCGGACGCGUCGUGGUCGGUCGACCCCACCCGCGUUCCCUCGAUGCCCAGCGAGGCUGAGAAGUACAUGAAGUCGGGUGCCGGCGACGGUGCUGGAUUCUCUGGCGACGGCUCCCAAAAUGCCGAAGACAGCGGUACGUCCACGGCCGAUGUCACCGGCGGAAAGCCCUCUCCUUCGUCCAGCAGCCAGGAGAACGCCGGCGUCUCGAUGCGCGGCCCCGCCGACAAGGGUCCCAUGGCCGUUGCCGCCCUGGUCUUCGCUUUCAGCCUCAUGGGUGCCCUGCUUCUGUAA